AUGGCGCAUGACAAGAAGCUCCCCGAGGUCGACCUCGCGACCCGGAUGCAGGUCGACGAUUCCGUCAUCGGCACCACCGAGAUCGACGAGUCCCUCUACAGCCGCCAGCUCUAUGUCUUGGGCCACGAGGCCAUGAAGCGCAUGGGCGCGUCCAACGUCCUCAUCGUCGGUCUCAAGGGUCUUGGUGUCGAGGUCGCCAAGAAUAUCGCCCUGGCAGGCGUCAAGAGUUUGACGCUUUACGAUCCCGCGCCAGUUCAGCUCGCCGACAUGUCCUCUCAGUUCUUCCUCACUCCGGCCGACGUCGGCAAGCCUCGAGACGAAGUGACGGCCCCACGAGUCGCCGAGCUCAACCAGUACACGCCUGUCAAGGUUCACCAGUCAGCAGGGCUGGACGAGAACCUCGCGCAGUUUGACAAGUACCAGGUUGUUGUCUUGACAAACUCGCCCAUCUCUUCCCAAAAGGCCAUUGCCGAUUACUGCCACUCCAAGGGCAUCUAUGUCGUCAUUGCAAACACCUUCGGUCUUUUCGGCUCCCUCUUCUGUGACUUUGGCGACAAGUUCACUGUCAUCGAUCCGACCGGCGAGACACCCCUGAGCGGCAUUGUUGCCGGCAUCGACGAGGAGGGUCUGGUCUCCGCGCUGGAUGAGACCCGGCAUGGCCUGGAGGAUGGUGACUAUGUCACCUUCUCCGAAGUCGAGGGCAUGGAGGCGUUGAAUGGCUGCGAGCCCCGAAAGAUUACCGUCAAGGGCCCUUAUACCUUUUCUAUUGGCGAUGUGACUGGGCUCGGGCAGUACCAGCGUGGCGGCCAGUACCAGCAAGUCAAGAUGCCCAAGAUCAUCAACUUUAAGAACUUCACGAGCUCGCUCAAGGAGCCCGAGUUCGUCAUGUCCGAUUUCGCCAAGUUCGAUAGGCCACAGCAGCUGCACCUUGGUUUCCAGGCCCUCGAGGCCUUCCAGGUUGCCGAAGGCCGCCUGCCGAAGCCGAUGGAUGAGAAUGACGCCGCUGUGGUGCUGGGCGCCGCCAAGAAGUUUGCUCAGGAAGAGAAGCUUGAGAUCGAGUUGGACGAGAAGCUGCUCAAGGAGCUUAGCUUCCAGGCCACGGGUGACCUCAGCCCAAUGGCGGCCUUCUUUGGUGGUAUCACCGCCCAGGAGAUCCUGAAGGCCGUCUCUGGCAAGUUCCAGCCCAUUCAGCAGUGGCUGUACUUUGAUUCGCUCGAGUCGCUCCCCACAUCCACCAAGCGCAGCGCCGAACUCUGCAAGCCCAUCGGCAGCCGCUAUGAUGGUCAGAUUGCAGUCUUCGGAACGGAGUACCAGGAGAAGAUUGCCAAUCUGAAGCAGUUCCUCGUCGGUGCUGGCGCCAUCGGCUGCGAGAUGCUCAAGAACUGGGCCAUGAUGGGCCUGGGUACCGGCCCCAAGGGAAAGAUCUACGUCACGGACAUGGACUCCAUCGAAAAGAGCAACCUCAACCGCCAGUUCCUGUUCCGUGCCGCGGAUGUUGGCAACAUGAAGAGCGACUGUGCCGCCCGCGCCGUUCAGCGCAUGAACCCGGAUCUGCAGGGCCAUAUGGAGACGUUCAAAGACCGGGUCAGCGCCGACACCGAACACAUCUUCAACGAGAACUUCUGGCAGUCCCUUGACGGCGUCACCAACGCAUUGGACAAUGUGGAGGCGAGAACCUACGUCGAUCGACGUUGCGUCUUCUUCCGCAAGCCACUACUAGAGAGCGGCACCUUGGGCACAAAGGGCAACACUCAGGUUGUCCUGCCGCACUUGACGGAGUCGUACUCGUCGUCUCAGGACCCGCCAGAGAAGGAAUUCCCCAUGUGCACUAUUCGAAGCUUCCCCAACAGGAUUGAACACACCAUCGCCUGGUCCAAGGAGUACAUGUUUGAGAGAUGCUUCGUCAAGGCCCCACAGACAGUCAACCUGUACUUGACGCAGCCCAACUUCCUGGAGGCAACUCUGAAGCAGGGCGGAAACCAGAAGGAAACGCUAGAGACGAUUCGCAACUUCUUGACGACUGAGCGUCCUCGCACUUUCGAAGACUGCAUUGCAUGGGCUCGGAUGCUGUUUGAGACUGAGUUUUCCAACAAGAUCCAGCAGCUGCUGUAUAACUUCCCCAAGGACUCGGAAACGUCGAGCGGCACGCCUUUCUGGUCUGGCCCGAAGCGUGCGCCGGAUGCCCUCAAGUUCGAUCCCAACAACCCGACGCACUUUGGCUUCAUUGUCGCGGCUGCCAAUCUGCAUGCCUUUAACUUCAACAUCAAGUCGCCGGGAACGGACAAGGAUAUUUAUCUUCGAGAACUGGAGAACGUGAUUGUCCCAGACUUUACGCCGGAUGCGAAUGUCAAGAUCCAGGCUGAUGACAAGGAACCCGACCCCAACGCCAACACCAGCUUUGAUGACAGCGAUGAGCUCGACAAGAUCAUUGCUAGCAUUCCGUCACCAAACACUCUGUCUGGAUUCCAGCUUCAGCCUGUCGAGUUUGAGAAGGACGACGACACGAACCACCACAUCGACUUCAUCACGGCAUGCAGCAACCUGCGAGCCGAGAACUACAAGAUCGAGCCUGCGGAUCGCCACAAGACCAAGUUCAUUGCGGGCAAGAUCAUUCCGGCCAUUGCCACGACGACAGCCCUGGUGACGGGCCUCGUUGUGCUGGAGCUGUACAAGGUCAUUGACGGCAAGACGGAUCUCGAGCAGUACAAGAACGGCUUCAUCAACCUGGCGCUGCCAUUCUUUGGCUUCAGCGAGCCGAUUGCCAGCCCCAAGGUGGAGUACCAGGGCCCAGACGGCAAGGUGACGCUGGACAAGAUCUGGGACCGCUUCGAGGUGGACGACAUUACGCUCCAGGAGCUCAUUGACUACUUCAAGGCCAAGGGACUGAGCAUUAGCAUGCUGAGCUCGGGCGUCAGUCUUUUGUACGCCAGCUUCUUCCCUCCGGCGAAGCUCAAGGAACGCUAUGCCAUGAAGCUGAGCAAGCUGGUGGAGACGAUUUCGAAGAAGCCGAUCCCGUCUCACCAGAAGGAGGUCAUCUUCGAGAUCGUGGCCGAGGACCUGGCCGAAGAGGACGUGGAAGUGCCGUAUAUCAAGGUGCGGGUGCAGUAA